UAAUUUUUGCACUAUAUAACCACUCAACUACAUAGCACGAAAAUAACCAAGAUAAAUUAAAAUGGCACAUAAUAGAAUAUCAUGGCUCCUAAUUAUAACUCAAAUUUUCUUGUUAUUACUAGCCAAAACAAAUGCCAAAAUUCCUGCAAUUAUUGUUUUUGGCGAUUCAUCGGUUGAUUCGGGUAAUAACAACUAUAUUCAGACAAUUGCGAGGAGUGAUUUUAUGCCAUAUGGUAGAGAUUUUGCAGGUGGUCGGCCGACAGGUCGAUUUUCUAAUGGAAGAAUUACAACUGAUUUUAUUUCGGAGGCUGCUGGUUUAAAACCAACAGUUCCAGCAUAUUUGGAUCCAGCUUAUAAUAUUUCUGAUUUUGCUGUUGGAGUUAGUUUUGCCUCUGCUGGAACUGGAUAUGAUAAUGCCACUGCUAAUGUUCUUGGCGUGAUACCCUUAUGGAAAGAAUUGGAGUACUACAAAGAAUAUCAAAAGAAACUAAGGACUUAUCUUGGUGAUGAAAAGGCAAAUGAAGUAAUAAGUGAGGCAUUAUAUGCCUUAAGUCUUGGAACAAAUGACUUUCUUGAAAACUACUACACAAUGCCUCAAAGGAGAUCUCAAUACACUGUGGAUCAAUACCAAACUUUCCUAAUUGGAAUAGCCAAGAAUUUUGUAACCAAUUUGUACAAUCUUGGAGCAAGAAAAAUAUCACUAGGUGGACUUCCUCCAAUGGGGUGUAUGCCACUAGAAAGAACAUCAAACAUGGCCAAUGGGAAUGAAUGUUUGGAGAGUUACAAUGUUGUGGCUAUGAAUUUUAAUGAUAAGUUGAGUGGAUUGGUUAUUGAGCUAAACAAAGAGCUUUCUGGGAUUCAAGUUGUUCUCUCUAAUCCUUACAACAUUAUGCUACAAAUNGUCGAGACAGGGUUUGAGGUAGCUUCACUCGCGUGCUGCGCAACAGGACUAUUUGAGAUGGGUUACGCAUGUGAUCGAUAUAAUCUUUUCACAUGUAAAGAUGCAAAUAAAUAUAUAUUUUGGGAUGCAUUUCAUCCAACGGAAAAAACAGAUCGUAUCAUCGCCGAUCAUGUGGUUAAAACAGCUCUGUCCAAGAUUUUGGAAUAAUUAUAAGUUGGAGAUUAUCUAUUUGCAUGCUUUGGUUAUUCCAUAAAGCCAUAUAUAAUUAGUACGAAUUGAGUGGAUUUCUAGUUACAUUACGGGUAUUGUUGCGUGAUGUUCUUUAAUCCGAUCCCUUGUACGAUAAGUAUAUAUAAAAUGGGUGCUUUUAAUUGCUAAUUA